AUGAAGUUUCACGAGGUGAUCAAGCUGCCAUCCAUUGCUCAUUACGGCCUACGCUAUGUGCUCCCCGCCGCCGCCGUCGCCGCGUGCGUUCUGGUGCUCGCCGCCGUCAGCCUACCGGGCCGCGUGCCGCUGCCGCCGCUGCUGGCGCCGGAGGUGACGAAGAACACGGCGGAUGGCGUGGGCGGCGACCGGUCUGGUUGUGAUAUUUUCAAGGGCGAGUGGGUGCCGGACAUGUCCGGCGAGCCGCCGCCGUACACCGGCGAGAGCUGUCCGGUGAUCCAUGGGCACUAUGAUUGCAUGCGGUACGGACGGCCGGAUCUUGGGUACGUCCGGUGGCGGUGGCGGCCGGACGGCGGGUGCGAGAUGCGGCGGUUCGACGCGGCGAGGUUCCUCGCCGCGAUGAGGGGCAGGUCGGUGGCGUUCGUCGGGGACUCGCUGGCGAGGAACCAGAUGCACUCGCUGGUGUGCCUCCUGUCGCGCGCCGAGCGGCCGGCGCCGUGGACGAACGGCAGCUACGCGUACCGCUUCGAGCGCCACGGCCUCACCGUCGCGGCGUUCUGGUCGCCGUUCCUCGUCCGCGCCGUCGAGACGGACCCCGACGGCCCGACGGGGAGCGGCGCCGGCCUGUGGAGCCUCCACCUCGACGAGCCCGACGCCGGGUGGGCGGCGCACGUCGGCGCGUUCGACCACGUCGUCGUCUCCGCCGGGAGCUGGUUCUACCGGCCGUCAAUGUUCUACGACCGCCGCGGCCGCCUCGUCGGCUGCAACACCUGCCUGUCCCCGAACGUCACCGACCUCACCCUCCGUUACUCCCUCCGGAUGGCGUUCCGGAGCGCGCUCCGGGCGGCGGCGACGGGGGGCGCGCGCCGCCGCGGCGGGCGCGCCGCGAGGAGGACGGUGAUCGUGCGGACGAUCUCGCCGUCGCACUACGAGAACGGGACGUGGAACGGGCACGGGGACUGCGUCCGGACGAGGCCGGCGCGGCGCGGCGAGUGGGAGCUGAACGCCAUGGAGAAGGACAUGCACCGGAUACAGGUCGAGGAGUUCGCGGCGGCGGCGAGGAAGAGGGGGAAAGGGGCGGCGAGGAUGAUGCUGAUGGACGCGACGGAGGCCAUGGCGCAGCGGCCGGACGCCCACCCGAGCAAGUACAGGCUGUGGCAGCCGGACAAGUUCAAGGUGUCGCGGGACUGCGUGCACUGGUGCCUUCCCGGCGCCAUGGACGCCUGCAACGACAUGCUGUUCCACAUGCUCAUCGGGUGAUGGCUGAUGCCGUUCUUCUCAUUAUGGCUGGUCGAUGAUUAUGUGCGGUUUAUUCGCGCCACGAUUUUAAAUGUA